UUCCUCUUUCCCCGGGGUAGGCUCCCGGGUUGAGAAACUGGUUCCGAAUCCAACGGAACCCGGCGCCCGGUGACGCCGCGUUACGUGGCGGGCGCCCUCCCUCCCCAAUGACGUGCGUGCUGCGGGGUGUCGCCGCGACAUUCGGCCGACCUGCCGACUGGCCGGGCUACCUCCGCCACUUGUGCAGUCGCGGUACUGUCAUGGACCUGGGACCGAUGCGCAAGAGUUACCGCGAGGACGGAGAGGCAUUUGAGGAGGCUCACCUGACCUCCCUGGACCCCAUGAAGCAGUUUUCUGUCUGGUUCGAGGAGGCUGCUCAGUGUCCUGACAUAGGGGAAGCCAAUGCCAUGUGUCUGGCUACCUGCACCAGAGAUGGAAAACCCUCUGCCCGCAUGUUGCUGUUGAAGGGCUUUGGCAAGGAUGGCUUCCGCUUCUUCACGAACUUCGAGAGUCGAAAAGGAAAAGAACUGGACUCCAACCCCUUUGCUUCCCUUGUCUUCUACUGGGAGCCUCUUAACCGUCAGGUACGUGUGGAGGGGCCCGUGAAUAAGCUGCCUGAGGAGGAGGCUGAGCGCUACUUCCACUCCCGCCCCAAGAGCAGCCAGAUUGGUGCUGCGGUCAGCCAACAGAGUUCCGUGAUCCCCAAUCGGGAGUAUCUGAGAAAGAAGAAUGAAGAAUUGGUGCGCCUCUACCAGGAACAGGAGGUGCCUAAGCCAAAAUCCUGGGGCGGCUACAUCCUGUGCCCGCAAGUAAUAGAGUUCUGGCAAGGCCAAACCAACCGCCUGCAUGACCGGAUUGUCUUCCGGAAGGGCCUGCCGGAAGACUCCCCUUUGGGACCCAUGACCCACCAUGGGGACGCAGACUGGCUCUAUGAGAGACUUGCACCCUGACUCUGGAACUUGUCGGCUGCACCGGAGCUGGGGCUGGAUGCGCAGAGGUGUGGCCUGGGGAGCCAGACCCUUCUACACACAACCCAUUUCCCUCCCGUACUGUAUGCUUGGGCUUUCCACUUCAGAGCUUGUCCUCUGGUCUCUGUACCCAGUUGGCUCUCAAUUAGCUGGUCCAAUGAAAUGAACGAAGGAUACAGAUGAUCACAAAUGGAAAAUAAUCUCAUAGUUAUCUUUCUUGGCCUUGACUACAUUUUAUUGUAACAGCUCCCUCUGGGGGUUGCAGCUGGUGUAAUUCCCUUCUCCGGUGACACAGGGUGGCCCCCAGCAGCCCUUAUUGUUACCAUGUGACUGGUCACACUGGCCCAAGCCGAUUGGUCCCUGACCAAUCAGAUUUUCUCAUCCACAAUUUGAAAUUGGGAAUGGAGAGACCAGAGUCUGGGAGUCACUGUGGCAAAUCAUCAGUGGCAGCUGAGAGGCAACCAGCCUUGGUUGUUGCCGUUCAAAUUCUCCAAACUGCCCUGAUCCCUCCUUCCCACACCCCACCCUCCUCCCUGUAAAUUCUGUUUGGGGCUUAAUCUGGCAUUAACUGGUAGAAACUCGUUACAACAUUUUACCCUACUAAUUGCUGCCUUCCAUGAUUUGGAAAAGGGGUUACAUUUAUUAUCUGUAGCUCCUGGAAAUUA